AUGUUUUACGCGCAUUUCGUGUUGGCCAAGAAAGGCCCGUUGGCGCGUAUUUGGUUAGCCGCGCAUUGGGACAAAAAGUUGACCAAAGCACACGUAUUUGAAACGAAUAUCGAAAAGUCUGUGGAUGGUAUAUUACAACCGAAGGUGAAAAUGGCUUUGAGAACAUCAGGUCAUUUGCUGCUGGGUGUAGUACGCAUAUAUUCAAGAAAAGCCAAAUAUUUGCUGGCCGACUGCAAUGAAGCCUUUGUCAAAAUUAAAAUGGCCUUUAGGCCUGGCAUGGUGGAUCUACCAGAAGAGCACAGGGAAGCUGCUGUAACGGCUAUUACGUUACCUGAGGUGUUUCAUGACUUCGAUACAGCAAUGCCAGAACUGAAAGAUGUGGACAUCGAGGCACAAUUUAGCUUGAACCAGUCGCGUGCGGAGGAAAUAACUAUGAGAGAGGAUUAUGGUAGUUUAGCUUUGGUUACACACGAUCAGGGAUUUGGUGACAUGAGUUUCGAUGCAGAACCGCCAGAAUUAUUAAGACACGCUGGUGCUGUGGAGCCUUCAUUAGAUCAGACGCAUAUGUUGUUCACUGAUGGACCAGGAAUUGAAGCAUCUCUAGAACAAAAAGAAAAGGAGCCUGUACCAGGUCCAUCGGUAACGGCACAAGCUAUGGACAUAGAUAUGCCUAUUAGAGACGAUGGUUUCGGUGGUCAUCUUGGUCAAGACAUCAUAUCUGGGGGUCUGUUCGAGGGCGGUUUAUUUGACGAAGCACCUAUGGGUGAAGUACCUGUACCUGAGGUCAGUGCGAUAACAGAAACGCAAGAACCAGGUGUUGUCCCUGCCGCACCGUCUGUGCACGACGAAUCGGAAGAAGAAAUGGGAGAUCGUUUCGGUGGUUCGGCGUCACCCAUGGGAGGAAUGAGUUCCGAUGAAUCUCGACCCGCGACUCCGGCUGCGUCUGAGGAAAUCGAAGGAAGAAUAAGCGUGGCGAGUCGACGUUUCACUCCGGCCCCACAAACUAUCCCUGAGGAACGGCCGAUGGAAGCAAUUGAAGAAGCUCCGCCGCAGGAUCAGACUACGUUGUUGCAUGACGAGGAAGAGAGCUUCGCUCUGGCACCCGUCGACGCAUCUGCCUUAAAAGGAUUCACGAAAGCGAAACGUAAGCGCAAGCUCAUCGUGGAUGAAGUGAAGAACAUUUCCGGCGAAGAGAUGAAGGCACAAUUGUCAGACACCAGCGAUAUUAUCACAACGCUGGAUCUGGCACCGCCUACGAAAAGAUUAAUGCACUGGAAGGAAACUGGCGGAGUUGAAAAACUGUUUGCUCUCCCGGGCAGACCAAUACCCGCACGUGUGUUAUUUAAGAAUUAUCAGCGACAUUUGACCAGCAAGUCCUAUGACCACGAAGACUUCGGUCGUAUAGCUGGUGAAGAGGACGGCAUGCCUUUGGAACAAAUGAGAGAACCCGUAGAAGCUGAUGCGUUUGAACAAAGCAUUCUCAACAAACGCAUGUCCCGCAAACGAAAAGCACCAGCGGACGAAGAAGUAAAACCAGCACCUUCAGCACCGGCACCGGUUCCAAUAGACGUUGCCACCGAAGCAGUCGAAGUCCCGAGCAUAGUUGCCCAAACGAGUCUACCUCCCGCAGAAUCUCCUGUACCUCAGCCUGAGGUGUCCUUGCCAGCAACGGAACCGUCGGUUUCCGACGUUAGCAACGUCGUGCCACCCAUCGAAGAAGUGGAAAUGACUCCUCAAGCCAUUGAAACAUCCGUGAUUCAAGAAGUUCCUCAAUUUCCUCCUACCGAAGCUGCCGCAGCACCUGAAGAACCAGUCGUUCCACCUGCGUCAGUGGAACCGGAAGCUACUCCCGCACCCGCCUCUGAAAUGCCUCAAAUGGAGAACAUGGGUUACGAUCAGGCGCAACCUCAAGUACCAUACGUAGGAUAUGAUGAACAACCUCAACUACCCCACACGCCCGCUAUAUCAGAGAGAGGACCGGCGACACCAUGGAAUCACGAGGAUUACGAAUUCCCUCCAUCGGUUGGACCUCAAGAAGAACAACAGGUCGAUGAAACGUACGAGCAGUUCGAAGAGCGAGUUCUUAACAAGAGGGCUGCGCACAUGUAUCACGUCAUCAAAAGUAAACUAGAUACCAAAGAUAGGCUUACACUAUCGGAAAUGGCAUACAAGAACAAUCGCAAGCAGGUUGCACAAAAAUUCUACACGUUGUUAGUUCUCAAGAAAUUCCAAGUAUUAGAACUGAAUCAAGGAUACCCGUACGCUGAUAUCUCAGUCAGCAAAGGACCAAAAUUCGAGACUCCGGCGUUAUAAAACUAUUAGGUUUCUUCUUACUUUACAUUUACUGUUAAAAAUACCGGGGGGAGAGGAUUUAUGGUUAUUUUUAACCGUACAUGAACCGUGCGAUAAAUUCUUUUGAAAGAUUGUAAAAUAAUAUAUAAAGCUCUAUAGUAAUAUCUCGGAUCGUCAAGGAAGAAUUUUAUAAAUCAUGUUUUAGACUCCUGGUACAGGAACGUAUACGUUUUGUAUAAAUCAAAACAAGGGAAAGAAAUCAUUGUUGGAAGUUUCAUGAGAUUACAGUAUCAUUUACAUCCGUAUGUAUUAUUCUGAAAUCUUUCAAGUUCAAUCAUGUCGAAUGAUGUUACGAUAGUUUCCUCUUUUUGAAUACUUAUACAUUAGUUACUAUUGUAAACAAUUAUUAAUGGAAGAAUCAAAGGGAUAUUUUGGAUAAUACUUUUAUGUAUUGCAGUUAUACUUUAGGGAGACAUGAGCGUGAUUAAUUUAUUUUUCAAAUCGAUAUACAUAUUAUAUUCUUUAAUUAUAAUCAGUCUAGUUAUUUUCUUUUUCAUUACAAAUUUAUGAUCCGGUAUUAUUUAAUCAUGAAUAACAUUCCAAAGAGCAUGGAUUUAAUGGUCACAUUUUUCCGUUCCAAUUCUUAUCAUAGAAUUGCUUUAGCAUAUUUCGAAGUACAUUUGUUAAUCAUUGUAAAGAAAAGAACAGAUCGAUUGAUGCUGCUAUUUUCUCAAAGAAUAUAGCGCUGUGGUUUGUAAUUUAAUUAACAAUUGUCAUAAAGAAUGUUCCAUAAUUUAUUGUUACGUACGUAUACCUAUUAUAUAUCAUGGGAUACGAGUGUUAAAUCAUAUUUAAGAAAGCUAUAUUUUAUCAAACUGACGUGGAAAAUUCUCGAAAGCAAUCAUAUUUCAUUGUAAAUACUACGCUUGCACGGCAAGCACCGCGAACCAUUAUCACCGCACGUUAUAUCUUAUUAAAAGAGGCAUGUCAUGAAAAAGAAAUCGACUGCUGCAACAUAUUACUGGUUGUAAAUAGUAUCAUGAUUCACUAAUCGAUAUAUUCAUCUGUUUAUAAAAUAAAAUGGGAAACGAUAUCUGUACUGUUUUCUUUGAAAUUGGGAUUCUUAAAGUACAUAUCACAUAAUACUUAAAAAUAUUAAUCCAUUAUUUUCCAUUAAUAAACUGUGUUACAUACUUACAUAUUAGAAUCUAUUAAUUUAACGAGAGAACUAAUAUUAAUUUGUAAGCACUUUACUUUCUUAGACGUGUGUAGAGGCUGAUACACACGCGCGUGAUAAAGAUCAUGAUGGCGUAUAUUUUUUUUAUAACACGUGUAUUCAUUGUAUUAAAUAUAUUUAAAAAUCGUUACUUUAAGUUAACAGA